GAGGUGUUAGUUUGGUACAGUGGACUCCUUGGUAGUUUGCUAGUAGCAGGAGAUUUUGGACUGUCUUCAGCUCCUCGUCAAUGGGCGUUAUUUUCUCACGCCUACAGUCAUUAUGAACGGCGAGGAGACGGUCACAACUGAUUCGCAACCUGCGGCCCCGCCGUCAGACUCGAUACGGAUAACAAGGCAAGGCAAAAUUAGACACUGGGUCAAGCACGGACUGGACUUUUUUCAGGAAAAUCUUGACAAGCCACUGACGCUGCAAACUUCCCCAGCCGAUGUCACUCAAUCUACCAUCCCUCGGUUGAUUUCAGUUGUGGAGAUCCUGAAGCGUGAAUAUCUGAAAACCUUGGAUGUUUCCUCUGGACAGCUGACCGGGCUACAUCAGUACAAUGAACUACAAUGGGAGCGACGCGGCGAAAUCCCUGCUGAAGGGGAAGAUCGAGCAAGUAGCAUAGCAAGAGCUUUGGAAGGUAAAAACCAUCCUAAGCUCACGCUUACGCCUUAUAUGAAAGUCACACUGUGCACGAAGGCUCUUGAAGGAAUGCACGAGAAGAAAGAUGUGACAUACCAGACACCACAGACACGACGACUGUCCAAAAAUACAAAGGCGAGAUUGAAGAAAAAAGCACUUAAGCAGCAGACCGCUCUACCUUAGUUUUUCCUAUAAAUUUGUACCCAAAUAUUGACAAGGUCUGAGUAAAAUUCCCAGGGGGGUUUCGAUUC